AUGGCGACCUCAGUCGAUGGGACUGAGACUGUGGGUGAAGCUGCUGGGACCACACCCUAUGACUAUGAGGGGACACUGCCAUGUGAAAAAAGCAACAUCAAGGAGCUGGGGGCCCAGCUCCUGCCCCCACUGUAUUCCCUGGUGUUCACGGUUGGUCUGCUGGGCAAUGUAGUGGUGGUGGUGAUCCUCACAAAAUACCAUAAGCUCCGCAUUAUGACCAACAUCUACCUGCUCAAUUUGGCCAUUUCGGACUUGCUCUUCUUAUUCACUCUGCCGUUCUGGAUUCACUAUGUUGGGUGGAAUGAGUGGGUUUUUGGCCACCAUAUGUGUAAGUUGCUCUCUGGGCUCUAUUACAUGGGCUUGUACAGUGAGAUCUUCUUCAUCAUACUCCUGACCAUAGACCGGUAUCUGGCCAUCGUUCACGCCGUGUUUGCCCUUCGAGCCCGGACAGUCACUGUUGGUAUCAUCACCAGCAUAUUCACCUGGGUCCUGGCAGGGUUAGCAGCCCUCCCUGAAUUUAUCUUCCAUGAGUCCCAAGAGGAGUUUGAACACACUUUCUGCAGUCCUCUUUACCCAAAGAAUGGAGAAAAUGCCUGGAAGUGUUUCUAUGCUCUGAGGAUGAGUAUCUUGGGUCUCGCUCUGCCUCUGCUCGUUAUGGCCAUCUGCUACUCAGGAAUCGUUAAAACUCUGCUGAGAUGCCCCAGUAAAAAAAAAUACAAGGCCAUCCGGCUCAUUUUUGUCAUCAUGGUGGUCUUCUUUAUUUUCUGGACACCCUACAAUCUGGUUGUCCUUCUCUCAACUUUUCAAAUGCACCUGGAGACUGACUGUGAGCAGAGCAGACAGCUGGACCUCGCCAUGCUGGUGACGGAGGUGAUCGCCUACACCCACUGCUGUGUCAACCCCGUGAUCUACGCCUUCGUUGGUGAGAAGUUCCAGAAGCACCUCCGCCACUUCUUCCACAGGCAUGUGGCCAUCUACCUGGGCAAAUUCACCCCAUUUCUUCCUAGUGAAAAACUGGAAAGAGCCAGUUCUGUCUCCCCAUCAACAGGGGAGCAGGAACUCUCUGCUGUAUUUUAG